UAUCCGCAAAUGGUAUCGCCCGAGAAGAAGUCGGGGCGGAGCUGAGGCAGAAAAAGAAAGGAAGGAAGGAACACUGCCGGCUGUUGUUAGUGUCGCCUAGCAACGGGAGAGAGGAUGGAGCCGAGGGACAGCCGAGCUGGAUCGGAGCGUGAACAGAGUGCAGAAGAUGAGAAUAAAGAACUGCUUGCAAAACAAGAAGGGACUGAGCAGCUGGCAGAUACAAAUGGCCAAAAUGAAGAUGAUAGUGUGGCUACAGGGCCGGGAGAAAAUAAUGCCACGGAGGAAAGUCCAGGAGGUGCUCCUGCAGCGGGCACAGAGGAAGGGCCAGGAGGUGCUCCUGCAGUGGGCACGCAGGAAGGGCCAGGAGGUGCUCCUGCAGCAGUCUUGGAAGAGGCAACAACAAUGGCUGAGCCUAGCAAGAUAGUGCAAGCAAUUCCUGAGGGUGGGGAGCCCACCAUUUUACAGGAAGGGUUUUCCGAUGUUUCCUCGGAGAGGGUCAGCAUGGCUUCCAGAAUAUUCAGUGAGGCAAUGAUCUCUCCUCUGUCUUCACAAGCCAGCAGCCUGAGAUCUGAAAUGCCACUGAUGGUGGAGCGUCAUGGAAUGUCAGGUCCUACUAGGUCAGUCAUCUUGCCUUCCUAUACUGAGUCUGCUUUUCAGCCUUUAUCUCUGCAACUUAGUACACUUGGGCCCAUGGAAGAGCAGGAUGAGGAAAACUUGUUGCAUUUUGCUGAGAGGGAGCUUGGCAGUGAACAGGCAGAGGAGGAGGAGGAAACUCAGCUUGUUGUGUUGGACCCAGAACAUCCCUUGAUGAAAAGAUUCCAAAGUGCUCUAAAGACCUACCUCAAUAAACAAAUUGGAAAACUGACUGAUGAGCUUCGGGGGCUGACAGCAGCCACAAAGAAAAGCAAGGUGGAGAGAGAAGAGCUUGGUGUAAUCUUGUAUGGAGUCCAGCAGCAGUUGGCUCGACUGCAGAUGGAACUGGAGAAGAACCACAAUUGCCAUUCCCAGAUUGCCAUGGCACGCCGCCAGCUAGAGGAAGAGUUGCACGAUCUGAGGAGCAUGUACAAGAAAACAUGUCAGAGCACUGAAGAUGAACGUAAAAAAGUUUCAUCCAUGCAGGCAGAGAUGGAAAGUCUGUCCCUGCGCCUGUUCUACAUGCAGAACAUGGAUCGAGAUGUGCGCGAUGAUAUUGCUGUGAUGAAGAGAACAGUGAAGAAGGCUGAAGUGGAGAGGAUGCGUGCAGAGGCGGAAAAGCAAAAACAGGACCUUCAUGUGGACCGCCUAACAAAGAGGGUCAAUGAGCUACAGGAACAGAUUGCUCUAUAUGAAGCACAGCAUAUGGCCCAGGCUGAAGACACAAGAAUCACACGACAAGAAGUGGGAGAGGCAAGUAUAGAGAUACAAGCUAUUUACCUGGAGAAAAAGCAGCUGCUGCAUCAAUGGACUGUCAGUUUGAGUGGGAUGAAGCGCCGUGAUGAGGCCUAUGCUGCUAUGCAGGAAGCACUAAGAGAAUCCAGGCACAAGCUCAAGUCUUUGGAGAUUGAGAUUGAAGUUUACAAGAAGUCCAUCAUCAAAGAGGAGGAAAGGAAUGAGCUGUUGGCUUCUAUCUUGAACCGUUCAGAGAAUGAUGGCAACACAAGCAGGAAGCUGAUAGCCCAGAGUGUGACUAAACAGGAUGCCAUGAAAGUGGAAUUUGGUACCUACACUCGUACUCUCCAUGAAACAGAGCAAGCCCUCACUCGGGCCCAUGCGGACCAAAUGGCACGCAUGAAUGAACUGGUUCUCCUUCGCAGAGAGAUAGAGAAAGGUUCACAAACAAAGCAAGAUCUGGAGAAUGAGAUCAUGGGCAAGCUGCAAGAUCAGCUGAUGUCUAACAAAACAGCAAAAUACUACUUACAGCUGGGCAUCAAGCUUCAAAACAGAUUGAUGAAUUUGGAGAUACAGCUCGUUAACGUCGAGAAUGACACAGCCCAAACCUCACUAGAUAUCACAAACACCCAAUGCAAGCUAAAUAUACUUGAAAAGAACCUCUUGGAACUGGACAAAGAAAUGGAUUCCUUGAACAACCAGAUCAAUCACAGUGAGACUGAGAUUGCUAAACGUAACCUCCUCAUUGGACGCAAACAGGGGAUCAUCAACCUGUACAACAAGAAAUUGGAAAUGUUCAUUUCUCAACUGGGGGGACAAGAACUGGGGCCGUUGGCAAUUGAAAUCAAGAGACUCUCCAAACAGAUUGAUGAAAGUGACUUGGAGGUGGUGAAGCUGCAGAGACACUGGAUGAAACAUCAGAAGGAAUUAGUGAAGCUUACUGAGGAACGAGAACAACAGCUGGCAUCCUUGGAUAUGUUAAAGAAAGAGAUCACAAUAAAGGAGCAAAAGAAAGUGCGCAUAGAGAAUGAAAUCCAGCAGGAGAAAAAUGAACUAAAGGACAUUGAGCGUCACAUGAAGAACAUGGCUAAUGACUUGGUGAAGUUACAUCUAUUGAUCAAUAAGAACAGUGAGAAUUCUGCAGAGUUGCAGCAAGGCAAUACCAUCAUGGAAAACGAGUUUAUGCGCUCCCUCAAGGUAGCAGAGAGAGAAUCAAUUGAGAUGCAAGAGAAGCUGGACCGACUUCAAGAAGAAAAAGAGAGGCUUCUCAACAGCCUCUUGGAGGCAGAGUGUCAGAUGAUGCAAUGGGAGAAGAAGAUACAACUGGCCAAAGAGAUGCGUGCUGCAGUGGAUUCAGAGACUGGGCAGGGUGAGAUACGAGCCAUGAAGACAGAGAUUCACAGGAUGCAGGUAAGGUACCACCAGCUGAUGAAGCAACAGGAGAAGCUAAUGCGAGAUAUGGAGGCAGCUGUUGCCCGCCGAGAAACCAUUGUGAUUCGUGGAGAGGGGCAGAAGAAAAUGAGUAGCCAAGUGCUUACCAAGGGUGAUUUUCAUUACAAGAAGCUGGAGCUAAAGAAAAAGAUCAAAGAAAUCCAUAAGAAUGCUGAGGAGUGCAACAAAACCAUAACUCAGCUUGAGAAUUCACAGAUUAUCCUCGCUACUGCUCUUCUGGAGAAGCAGAAGCAGAUCUCCCUCUUGAAUGCUGAACAUGAUGAGCUUGACAUAGAACUGAAUGAUCUCCUGGCAAAGAAACGGCAGAACCUUUCAGAUAUUGUGGCCGGCCAGGGGCGUGUGAAGCACUUGCAGGCAGUGAAGGAAGGGAGGUACAACCCAAUAUGCCGCAGCGAGUUAAUGAUCCGCAUCGAAAGGCAGAAGCUGGAAGAGCGAUUGCACGCCAUUCACAUCAUCCUCCAUCAAAUCGGGGAGGAGUAUCCACAGUACAAGAGGACAUUGCAGAUGCUCAUCCAAACCCUAAACCACAGGCUGGGUACACCAUCAGUAUAGUAGCAGGGGACAGGGAACUAAAACUGCAACUUUUACAUUUUAAACAUUUCACAAAUAAA